AUGGGUAAGAUUUCAAGAAGGACCAGAGAGCUGAAGAAAAAGGAAAGACAUCCUAUUGUCAAGCUUUCUCUUAGCUACCCGCUUAUAAAAGAUGUCGAGGAGGGAGAGGUGAUUGAUAUUGUUCAUGAGAGGGGCCGAGGAGUGCCUGUUGCGAUUGUGAGUUUUAAGGAACACGACAGCUUUGUUGUUGCAACAGAGGGCAUCCAAACAGGUCAGAAGAUCAUGAUUGGAGAUGAAGCGCCAGCUUUGAUUGGCAACAUUACUAAAAUUAAGAAUGUGCCUGAAGGAAUGGCGGUGAACUCUGUUGAGCGAGUUUAUGGAGAUGGAGGGUCUUUUUCAAUGGUUAAUGGAAGUUAUACGCUUGUUGUGAAUCACAGGAAAGAGAGCAACGAGACUAUGAUAAAAAUACCGUCUGGAGAGAAGAGGCUGAUUAGUAGCGAAUGCAGAUGCAUUGUAGGAGUUGCUUCUGGAGGAGGUAUCCAUGAUAAGCCUCUGCUGAAGGCAUCUGUUGCACACUACCGAGCAAAGGCCCGUGGACUUGUAUUCCCAAGGGUUAGAGGAGUGGCAAUGAAUCCUGUUGAUCACUUGCAUGGAGGAGGAAAUCACCAGCACGUUGGAAAGCCCACUACGGUCUCAAAGAAGGCACCGUUUGAGCAGAGGAUUGGACUUGUUGGAGCCAGACGUACUGGUCGUGCAUGUGGAUCAAAGAAGAAUCUUCAUUAA